AGAACUUGCUGCAAAAGAGGGUCCCUAUGAGACUUAUCAAGGGAGCCCUGUCAGCAAGGGAAUUCUUCAGCAUGAUAUGUGGAAUGUAACUCCAUCUGACCGAUGGGGCUGGUCUGCAUUAAGAGAACAUAUCUCUAAGAAUGGAGUAAGAAACUCCCUUCUAGUUGCUCCAAUGCCUACUGCUUCAACUAGUCAAAUUCUUGGUAACAAUGAAUGUUUUGAGCCAUAUACUUCCAAUAUCUACAGCCGCAGGGUUUUAAGCGGAGAAUUUGUAGUUGUGAAUAAACAUCUCCUUCACGAUCUGACAGAAAUGGGAAUUUGGUCCCCAGUUCUUAAAAACCAAAUCAUCUAUGAGAAUGGAUCUGUCCUUAAAAUUCCAGAAAUUCCAGAUAACUUGAAAGCUAUAUACAAAACUAUCUGGGAAAUCAAGCAAAAAACACUAGUUAACAUGGAAAUAGACAGAGGUUGCUAUAUAGAUAAGAGCCAAAGCCUGAACAUUCACAUGGAGCAACCCAAUUUUCAAAAGUUAACUUCCCUGCAUUUCCAUGCU